GGGGUUGAGGUGAGCGCGCGGGAUCUCGGCAGUGUAGCGGCAGCGAUUCAUGGAUGCAGACACACCCUCUCUCAUCUACGGACGCUACAGCAGUUCACUCGGAAGUGUUAAGGGACCGAGCCACGUGAGCGGGGGUCCGUGAGGCGGCAGGAGAAGCCUAAACACAAUGCUCAACCCUCCCGCCAGGGUAUACCUCAGUGAUACGCCAACGCCCUGUCGGAGCAACACAUCAACAAUCUCACUGGUGAACAGUCAGCAGUUCAGCGUCUGGAUUUGUACCCCAUUUGGAUUAAGCGCUGCGGCCGCGUCGACCGUGCAUUAUGGAGGGGAGUUCGGUUGUGUACUUACCUACCACGGAGAAGAAGCCUCCCCGCAACACCUCCUUCGCCUUUCUUAGCGAAAACAACUUCUCACUCUUGAAACCCAACAAGACAGAACUCCUUCGCGGACCCCGUCGUGUGCUGCGGCUGUGCGUGUUCGUGCUGGUGCUGCCCACCGUGCUCAUCACCAUCCCUCUGUACGUACGGCUGGUGUUAUACCCCCCUGCCCAUUACCCUAUGAUGCCCACUGACCAGCGCCUCCUCAACGGCCACGUCUCCUCCUUCUGGUGCCAGGCACAAUACACGCACAUGAAUGGCUCUUUUAACGCUUACCACGCGGCCGGCAACCCCCAAGUCAGUGACACUCGACGCAGCCAUAUCAUGCUCCAAAACCUGAAACUCGAGGACGACAUCAAGGAAUACUGGGGCUUCUAUUUCCUGAAGGGAACCACUGUUACUUUAUCAACGUGCGCAAAAUGGGACGGAGGGCAGCUGAUGGUGCUCCGCGGGGUGGAGAACCUGCAUCGGUGUGCAUGGAUCGGCGAGAAGGACUCAGCCGAAGACAUGGCGGAGGACGACGACCCUCUGAGUCAGGAGAAGGCCAUCCUGUUUGAACAGCACGACCCUCAUAACGACGCUGACCGAAAUCCAGAUAGUCUGGGAAUAACUGGUGCGACUCCAGUUAAGCAGCAGCAUAGCGACGGAAAAAAAAUAAAAGCAGAGGGACAUCAGCCUACAAAAGUUACGGAGGAUAAUGCAGCAGAGAUAGAAGACGAUGUAGAAAAUGUGAAUGGUAAUGUAAACGUACAACUUAAUGCCGGGGACACACACGGCAAUGAUGAAGAGUCUAAAGCUACGUCUGAUCCUAAACACACCUCCGAGGAGAGGAAGAGGGGCCUCACUGAGCUCCUUCGACAAGCCAUCAGAAUCAGCAAGGGCAAAAAGGAAAUUCUUAAAAUCCUGCAUAAAGAAGGUAAAGACCCCAGCAAGUCGUAUCGUAACAAUGACAGCGACAAAAACACGGAGUCCGUCGGUUUAACAGAACUAGGACCUAACUCCGAUAAAAGUGUAAAACCAGGCGACGCCUUGAGGGAGGCUAAAAGCACAAAGCUGAAAGACGAAACACUGAAUGGCAAGCGCAAGCGAGGCGGCGACAAGAAAAAUAGACGCAAGAAGGGCAAUCGCCGCGACGAAAACCUCACCGAGGAGGACUUACCUAAAGAAGCGAAACAUGAACGUCUUAGAAGAUCGCUCCAGCAAGACGAUCUCAACGGCGCCUUCGAAGAUGAAGUGGAUGACAUUCUGGCGGUGUUGAAGGAGCCGCAACAACGCAACGUUUCAGUGGAGACCUUUGUGGGGGCCCAGAUCUUUUACUCCGAGGGUCUGAAGUUCGAGAGGGGCUUGUUUAACCAGUCGACGGCUGGAGACAACUCCCGGGAGGAGCAUCGGUCGUCCUAUUCCAGCAGCGAGGAGGCGCUAGCGAGCUGCGAAGGGGUGAUUCUGACCCUCCCGCUUGUGCCAUACAAAAGCUGCGACUACCGAAAUGUAGCCCUCAAUAAGAUCGUAUACGACAUACCAGUCACCGGUACCUACUACUUCGUUUUCUCUAGUGACAAUGAAAUAUACAUCAACGAUCUGUAUUUUAACUUGACAAUGGAACGCGUGGUGUAUGACGUCGGGGAACAAGAGAAGGUAUGCGGCAAUGCCACCGACUGCUCCCUUCCACUAAACUUUUGGUCAGACGACCAAAUGGUGGUAGACGUACCGCAGGAACAAGGCUGGCACAACGCCUACCUCCUUGAUACCAAGUGUGAACCUCGGGUCUAUGUCUACCUAAUAUUAAUACUUUUUGUACCUAUGCUGAUCAUGUGCUGUGCUUUCCACUAAACUUUUAAUUGCCCUUGCGACUCAUUUAGUCCCUGGCUAAGGGCAGUACUUGAAUUUGAUUUUAAGUAUUAGAUAUUACGAAAUAAACACGAGUGAUACAAUGUGAUAGAGGCAUUGCUCUAAUGGGUACUCUUAAGUGAUCUGGUAGGCAGACGUUAAACACUCACUACCCCUUCUCUUCUUGGACGCUAAAUUCAAGACGUUAUUUACGUACGUAUGUGUAUGUGUAUGGGGAUGAUUCAUACUGAACAAAUUGCAAAUAAAGCAACGAAGUGAAGAACAGGAAAUACUCUAAUAAGCAGAAGACCUUUUCACUUUUAUUACUGUUCCAGGUCCCCGAUGAAGCAGUACCUCGAAAAGGCCUGCAGCUUAUUUGUGUAUUUUCCUGUUUUCUCUUUCCUUGCUUCAUUUAUGUAUGUACAUGUUUUCAUCUUUACAUAUGUUCGAACAUCACAUGUUCUGCGCUUUUGUCAUAUGAAGGGUGAUUCAUAUUAAAUAUAAAAUUUAUGAGUGAUCAACUGUGAGUUUCUUUCAGGAAUCUUGUGUAUCACAAUAUUCUGAGUAUUUUACGUAAACAGUUGUAAAGUACUGAUGUAAUACAAGCUUAGCUUAAUCUACCAUAAGUAUAUGCAUAAGAAAUGACUUAUAUUAACAAAUAAUGAUUUGUAAGAACAGAAGUUAUAACUUCAUUUAUAAACCAUUACAGUUUAUGCUGAUGUCAAAUAUCAGUAAUUUGUGUAAUAUAAUCAUAAGUGUACAAUGACAUUCUGUGAUAUAGCAUACGGCUGUGCAACUACUCCUAUGCUCCUCUUGGUGUAUUUACUUGUAUAUUGCAUGAUUUUGCUAUUGUACUGUCCAAAAACCCUGACGAAUGAAACCGAUAAUCAUGAAAUUAUUCAGGAGUAAUUUCAUAGUUGUUCCUUUGAAAUGCGAUGAGCAUUCUCUUUUAUAUCAUGUCAGCAUAUACAUAGUAUUUGUCGUGCAUAUGCUGCUGGAGAAGCAUUUUUGUAAAUAAACGUUAUGAUAAA